ACUGAUUCACAGAGUUACAAUUUGUAAACAUAGCGGCUGUCGGAGCCUGCAUUUUUACAAUAAUUUUUAAAAAUAAUAUUGUCAAUUGCAAGUAAAUUGCUUGAAAUUUAACGAAAAUGAAUCCUAUGACAAAUGUGAAAAACGUUUUAAAGCUUAGUGAACGUGAACUUUCUGGGAAUUCGAAGAGUUCUUGGCACGACCAGUAUAAAGACAGUGCAUGGGUUUUUGUUGGCGGUCUUCCAUAUGACUUGACUGAAGGAGAUAUUAUUUGUGUUUUUUCUCAGUAUGGAGAGAUUGUAAACAUUAAUUUAGUAAGAGACAAAGCGACUGGUAAAUCAAGAGGGUUUGCCUUCAUAUGUUAUGAAGAUCAGAGAUCAACAAUACUUGCAGUUGAUAACCUCAAUGGAAUUAAGAUUUUAGGACGCACAAUAAGAGUGGACCAUUGUGAGCAAUAUAAAGCACCAAAUGCUGAAAUGAGCAAAUUAGAUGAAGUUACAGCCUCAUUAAGAGUAGAAGGUUGUGCACCACAAAUACAAAUCCCAGCUGUUCUUCCAAUAAAAAAGGAAAAAGAAAAAGAGAAGAAGAAAAAGAGUCACAAAGAAAAAAAGAGUAAAAAGAAGAAAAAGAAACGAAGCAAAAGUUCAGAUUCAGAGAGUUCAAGUGAUUAAAGAAAUUUCUGUAAUAAAUUGAUGAUAAUAA